CUCUUCUGUGGCCAAUCACUUCCGUCUGUUCUCGGAGGUUCUCUGUUCUCUGCUUUGUUCACUUCCGGCUGUUCAAUAAAGUUUAUCUAGCCAAGUACAGACAUGGGAGCUGUUACGGAUGAUGAAGUUAUUCGGAAACGUCUUCUUAUCGACGGGGACGGAGCUGGAGAUGACCGCCGAAUCAACGUGCUGCUAAAGAGUUUCACCAAAUGGUGCAACUCGCCUGGGACCCCCGAUGAAGGGUUCACACAGUAUCAGAGGGUGAUGGGCACACUGUCCCAGUGUGAAUUCUCCAUGGGGAAGACGUUGAUGGUUUAUGACAUGAAUCUUCGAGAAAUGGAGAAUUAUGAGAAAAUCUACACUAACAUAGAACAAAACAUCACAUCUGCACACGAGAAGAUAGCAGAAUGCAAAAAGGAAAUCCAGAGGGCAAAGAGAGUACGGAAAAAUCGCCAAGAGUACGAUGCUUUAGCUAAGGUUAUCCAGCAACACCCAGACAGACAUGAAACGCUAAAGCAGUUGGAGGCGCUUGACAAAGAACUCCAGCAACUGUCUCACAUCAAGGAGAACGUAGAUGCAAAGUUGGAGUUAAGAAAGAAGCAGUUCCAUGUGUUACUCAGCACCAUACAGGAACUACAGCAGACACUUGAGAAUGAUGAGAAAUCAGACAAUGACGACAACAACCAGGGGAGCCCUGCACACACUGGUGAAUGAACUUGUAGAGAUCCUGACAGAAAUAAAUGAACCGCUUUUUAAAUGAUUUUCGUUUUGUGUUUGUCUAAGAAUACUUUUGUAUGUAUUUUUGAAUAAAGCUGACUUGCGUGCA